AUGGAGAUGGAGGCGCGUUGGGGUGCGGCGGUGCGUCUGGUGGUGCUGGUGCGGACGUGGGCGCUGGUGUCGGGGCAGGUGCGGUACUCCGUGCCGGAGGAAGCGAAGGUCGGGACGGUGGUGGGGCGGCUGUCGCAGGAGCUGGGUGUGGAGGCGGGCGAUGCGGAGGCGCGGCGGCUGCGUGUGGUGUGGCAGGGCCGGCGGGCGAGCGUGGAGGUGAGCGGGGCGAGCGGGGCGCUGGUGGUGAGCUCGCGGCUGGACCGGGAGGAGCUGUGCGGCAAGAGCGCUCCCUGCUCCCUGCGUUUGGAGCUGCUGCUGGAGCGGCCGCUGCGCGUCUUCCAUGUGGAGCUGGAGGUGACCGACAUUAAUGACAACGCCCCGCUCUUCGCCGCCUCACGGAAAAAUAUCAGCAUCGCGGAGUUGUCUCUGCCGGGUUCCCGUUUCCCACUGGAGGGCGCGUCGGACGCAGAUAUCGGAGCGAACGCGCAGCUCUCCUACACCCUCAGCCCCAGCGAGCACUUCAGAAUAGAGAAAGAAAACAGCGACUCCCGCAGUAAAUCCCUGUUUCUGGUGCUUACAAAAGCUCUGGACCGGGAGACAGUGCCUGUGCACCGAUUGGUGUUGACAGCCACUGAUGGGGGCCGGCCGUCUCUGACGGGCACAAUGGAGCUGGUGAUCUCGGUGUUGGAUGCCAACGACAAUGCCCCGCACUUCAACCAGUCGGUUUACAAAGUAUAUUUCCCCGAGGAUGCCUUAGAAGGGACACUGGUGGUGAGGGUAAAUGCCACAGAUCCGGACAUGGGAAGUAAUAGGGAAGUGGUUUAUGAAAUUGAUACUUUUGUUCCUGCCUCGUCCUCAGAUCUAUUUAACAUUGAUGGGAAGAGUGGUGAGAUCAGACUGAGGGGAGCCCUGGACUUCGAAACAGUCAGUUUCUACGAGCUACAAAUUAAGGCGAAAGACAGAGGGACCCCUCCUCUCUCGGGUCAUUGCAAGGUGUUGUUGGAGGUGCUGGACGUGAACGACAACGCACCCGAGGUGUGGGUGACGUCACUGUCGGUGCCAGUGCCGGAGGACGCGUCGGUGGGGACGGUGGUGGCGCUGCUGAGCGUGUCGGACCGGGACUCGGGGGCAAACGGGCGAGUGCAGUGCUCGGUGUGGCCGACGUCGCCGUUCGGUCUGGAGUCGAGGUUCGCGGGGUCGUACUCGCUGGUGCUGCGAGAGGCGCUGGACCGGGAGCGGGUGUCGGAGUACGAGGUGGAAGUGCGGGCGGAGGACGGCGGGAAGCCGUCGCUGCGUGCGAGGCGCGGUGUGCGUGUGCCGGUGUCAGACGUGAACGACAACGCGCCGUCGUUCUCGCAGGCCGUGUACACGGUGCUGGCGCGGGAGAACAACGCGGCGGGCGCGGAGCUGGCGCGGCUGUGGGCGCGGGACCCGGACGAGGCGGACAACGGUCGCGUGAGCUACUCGUUGUGGGAGGGCGUCGCCGGGGCCCCGUGGUCAGGCGGCGGGUGGCGUCCGGCGUCGAGCUACGUGUCGGUGGACGCGGAGAGUGGUCGCCUGUGGGCGGUGCAGCCGUUGGACUACGAGGAGCUGCAGGUGUUGCAGUUCGAGGUGCGAGCGGUGGACGCGGGGGAGCCGCCGCUGGUCGGCAACGCGACGGUGCAGCUGUUCGUGGUGGACGAGAACGACAACGCACCGGUGCUGCUGCCGACCGCGGGCGGUGGUGCGGGGCUGGUUCCGUUUGCGGGUAGCGUUGCCGGGUCGUCGGUAGAGGGGGCGUCGGGAUCAGAUUCGGAGACGCUGUGGGCGUGGGCGGCGUGGGGGUCUCCGGCAGGGCAGGUGGUGGCGAAGAUCCGUGCGGUGGACGCGGACUCGGGCUACAACGCGUGGCUGCGGUACGAGGUGUGGGAGCCGCGUGGGAAGGGCCCGUUCCGCGUGGGGCUGUACAGCGGCGAGGUGAGCACGGCGCGGGCGCUGGAGGAGGCGGACGGCCCGCGGCAGAGGCUGGUGAUCGUGGUGCGGGACCACGGCGAGCCGUCGCGCUCGGCCACGGCCACGCUGAGCGUGUCGCUGGUGGAGGGCGGCGAGGCGGCGCUGGCGGCGGCAGGGUCGUCGUCUUCGUCGGUGUCGGGUGUGGUGCUGCCGGCGGAGGGCGGCGCGGCGGCGGGCGCGGCUUCGGCGUCGGCCAACGUGUGGCUGGUGGUGGCCAUCUGCGCGGUGUCGAGCCUGCUGGUGCUGGCGCUGGUGCUGUACGGUGCGGCGCGGUGGGCGCCGCGGGCGGCCGUGCCGUCAAGGCAGGCUCCGGCGACGCUGGUGUGCGCCAGCGAAGUGGGCAGCUGGUCGUACUCGCAGCGGCAGAGCCGGAGCCUGUGCGUGGCGGAGGGCGCGGGCAAGAGCGACCUGAUGGUUUUCAGCCCCAACUUGCCGCCGCCGCCUCAGGCUGACCCCGCCUCCAAGGACACCUCGCAGCCGGCGUCUUCCGCUCUGUUGAACACGGUCAGUGGCGCCACUGAGAGCCGGGCUGAGCCCUCGGGGUCUGCGGACGCGUGCGAGCCGGCGGAGCAGCACACGGUGUCGCUGCAGGCUCAGAAACGGCAGCUGAGCGGCUCGGCGGCUCCUCCCCGGUGCGGCGGAGAGCAGGGCUGGGAGCGUGGGGGGGCGGCGCGGAGCCCUGCAGACAGCAGAACCGGUGUGUGUGGGCCGCGGCGGGGAGCCGUGCGUAGGCCGUGA